GGCAAUGCUCACCCCUACUUCCCUCCACCUCAGACCUCACGGCGGAAUUACAGAGAUUUGGAAGCUGCAAAUCUGAAUUGGAUUAGGGUAGAUUUUGAUUCUCCUAUUUCUGUUACUUGUUCUGAUUUCAGUUUCAAACUGCGAAGGGUGAAGAUGUUUGGGAGAGCGAUUAGGUAUUUUUCGACGAAACCAAAGCCGAAGAUGAAACCAAUAGAGCUGAAAUCGCCGCCGGAGCAGACGCAGACGAUAACCAGAGUUAUCUUCGACAUUCUCAAGGAGCAUGGACCUCUCACCGUCUCUGAUACUUGGGACCGCGUUAAGGAGGUUGGUUUGAGAGAAUUGAAGGGGAAAAGCCACAUGAAAAUAGUGUUGAGAUGGAUGAGGGAAAGGCAGAAGAUUAGGCUGAUAUGCAAUCAUGUCGGCCCUCAUAAGCAAUUCCUUUAUACCACUUGGUUCACUAAAUCAAAGGUGAAAGCGGCAAAACCAUUGAAGGGUUCUUCGGCUACAAACUCACCUGCUAAGGAUUCUUCAGUUCCAAAGUAGGAUUCGGGUUUGCUACUGCUGUGAUGUUGCCGCUCUGAGAAUUUCCCUCUUAGGAAUUCACAAACUCUCCGAUACUUAGAAUUCCUUCUUCGAAUUCGCUGCAGUGUCUAUUACCUGUUUGACAAAAUGCCUCAUCCAAAUUUGAGAAAGGACUUCUAUUUCAAUUCAAAGAUUUUUUGUUUUUUUUUGUUUUUUUUUUCUAAAUUCUCUUUGAUGUAACUUGUACUGUGCAAAUUGGGUUUUUAUUUAAAUAUGUUUUUCCAUUUGAUUAGCAGGUUUUGAAGUUUAAGAUUUGAAAAACAUCAUAGAAUGUUCUAUCUUAGCUUGAUUGAGCACACAUUACGUUUGCCUCCUCAUCUCCUUAAUGUUCCACUCGAUGAAGCUCUUAAGAUGGAACUUGAAAGACUUUUCUUAGAUAAGGUUGAGUUCAGACUUAUAAUGUUUUGUCCAUUUGUGGGUGAAAUUAUUCUUGCAAAACUGAAAGAAUCAGAUGCUAAUGGUUUGCGCUUGUCCCUUGGAUUUUUUUUAUGAUAUUUACGUACCUGCCAAUCUCUUGCCAAGUCUAAAGUGCUUUGAGCUUUAUACUAAUAGCAGGACCCAAGGCAGAUGGACAUGGGAGUAAAAAGAAGAAAUUCAACUUGUUAUUGAUGGGGAAGACCAGAUUAAAUUUCGAGUACACAGUGUUAUUUAUCCUUCAAUUCCAGUUGAGCAACCAGAAAAUUCAAAUGCCUUUGCCAGUUUGCCCCUAUGGUGAUUACCGGCGCUAUGAUUGUGAUGGUCUUGGUCCAGUUUCAUGGUGGGAGGGAGCGGAAGUUUUGGAGGAAGAAAGUUGAGUUCCUUCCAUGGCAAAGAUGAGAAAGGUAAAUGAACGAAUGUGGCUGUAUAGGAAGGAUCUCUAAUUUAAUACAUGUUUUGGCUACACUAUUUUUCUUCUAAACAGUUGGAAGGAUGAAUAGGUUUACACUUCUACUUUUUUUUUUGAGGGAGCCCCUACAAAAUACUUUUAAUAGUAUAACAAAAAACUAUUGUACAAUCUUAACUACACAAUAGAGGCAGGUACAUGAG